CUCACUGUUUACUUCCGCGGUGAAAGGUCAACUUCUUACUUUGAGGUUCUUCUGGUUUAUGGGGCACGGUUUUUACUUUAAUAGAAAUUCCUGAAACUACGUGUAAGUCAUCAGUGUCAGAUAUGUCGUGUGAUAAACCAAUCGGACCCGUUUUACCUCCGAUGUUUACAGGGGAAAAGAGCGAUGAAGACUCUGAUAAUGACAAAGGAUUCUCUGGCCCUGCUUUGCCUCCCGGCUAUAAACGGGGAGAACCGUCGAGUUCCUCGGAUGAGAGUGAACAGGAGGUGGUGGUGGUGAAAAGAGCAAAAACAAGUCACACUGCUGCAGAAAAGGUGGAGAGGACAAAUGAACAAGAAAAAGACGAUGAUGGUUUCUUUGGACCUGCUCUGCCACCAGGGUUUAAGAAGCAACAGAUGUCACCAGAAAGGCCGCCUGUGCUGGGACCCGCUUUGCCUCCUGGGUUUCGCAGAGCAGCAUACGAAAACGAUGAUGAUAACGAUAGUGAAGAUGAAGAGGGUUUCCCAGGGCCUGCUCUACCCCCAGGCUACCAGGCUGAGUCCAGCAGCGAGGAUGAGGAUGUGAUCGGACCCAUGCCGUCCAAAGGGCCUGUUCAAGACUCUGUGGCUCUGGACAUUGAACGCAGAGCACAAAAGAUGAAAGCAAAGCUGACAGGAGACGACACUCCUGAGGUGGUGACCAGAGAAACAUGGAUGACCGAGCUCCCACCAGAACUGCAGCACAUUGGCUUGGGGGCGCGAACUUUCAAGAAGAGGUCAGGUCCAGAGAACAAGGAUCGCUCCAUUUGGACAGAUACACCAGCAGACAGGGAGCGCAAAACCAGGGAACGCCUUGAGGGAAAGAAGAAGGGUGAGGAGGAGAAAGACGAUGUCCCACAGCUCUCCCACAAGGACUUGGAAAUGGCAGAGAAAGUGUCUAAGUAUAAUGAGACUAAACGUGCUGAGUCUCUGAUGACUUUGCACACAAAGACGAUGAAGGAAAAAGCAAAGGAGAAGGCUGACAUACCGGUGGAGAGGAGACCAUUCGAUCGGGAUGCAGACCUGCAGGUGAAUCGCUUUGAUGACGCCCAGAAGGAACGGCUGCUGAAGAAAUCUCAGGAACUGAACACAAGGUUCUCCCAUAGCAAGGACCGAAUGUUCCUGUAAUGAGUUGUAAAAAAAUUUAAGAAAUGUGUCGGAAGACAUCCAGUCACAGUAUGGACUAUUUUUCAUCGGAUGCUCAUGUGUUACACAAAUGGAGAUGUUGAUUUUAUGUUGGUCUCUGAGGUAAACUAAACUGGACUGAACAGACUAUAAAGCCAUGGCAGACAAUGCUACAGCCGCCAGUGGAGCUUGUAUUUUUCCAGGAGAGACUGUAUUAUGAUAUAUGUGUAUAUAUAUAUUUUGAUAUAGGGUUUGUUAGGUUAUCUUUUCACGUUUGGAAAAUCACCUGUUAGUCAUGCUGGACAUUGAAAGUAAUUUUCAUCUCGUAUACUUAACUAACCCCAGAACUAUAGUGUACGACAAGGACAUAGUAGUUUCUUAGUAUAUAGACAUAAUUAGCUUUAUGAUUUAUAAUGUAAAGCAAUCCCUGAACACAAUCCCAAUGAUAAAUUAUAAACAACUUUGCCCAAGUGUGGAUACUACAAUGUUGGCUUGUUCGGGGCUGCAUUAGAUUAUCUCCUUCUGAUUUAAGAAGUUUUGACCAAUAUUUAACGAGCCUGUCAAAGUUCAGACUGUUAUUUUUCUUCCUUAAGCCCCAAUAUUGUUUGAUGUUGGAAACAGUGCUUUAUAUUAAACCUGAAUGCUCUUUGGCCAACCAGAUCAAUAAAAACUGUGUCCCUUAUUGCUCAACCCAGCUAGUAAAGUUGCCCUUUGUGAAAUUGUAAUUGAUUUAUUUUGUUUUUUGUAAAUACUUUUGGCACAGAUUGCUGUAAAAUGCAUCGUUACGCUGCGUUUUCCUGCAGCUUUGCAAUCUUUCAUGUGUCCAAUAAGUUGUUUUGUGUUUUUUUUAAAAAAAAGUUGAUUAAACAGUAUUUUUAAAACCUUU